CGGUUCCACUCGGCAGAAGGGUGCGAGCGCGAGAGGCUGGCGGGUGAAGGUGGUGGUGGCGGCGACGGGAGGGAAGGAAGCGGGUGAACGCUGUUCGUUAACUUUUCCGAUAUCCGUGUAGGGGGAGAAUUAAGGGAAUCGGAAACGAUGUCGGAAUUCGACGCCAAUCCGUUCGCGGAUCCGGUGGAUAUCAAUCCCUUUCAAGAUCCAUCAGUAACUCAGCUGACAAAUGCCAAUCAGCAAGGUAUUGAUGACUUCAAUCCAUUUACUGAAAACUCUAGGCUGACACCACCUAUUUCAGAUACCAAAAUACCAGCGGGACAGAAGACAACUCCUUCUCAGCCAGCAAUAUUACAGCCUACAGUGGAACCCAGUCCACAGGUCAGUGCUACAGCUGCACAGCUGGCACUGCUUCGACAGCAGGAAGAACUAGAAAGAAAAGCUGCUGAUGGUGGUUCUUUGUUUGAAAGCAAAAUUUCUUCAUUCCUCCAUGCAGCAAAAAGAAAUAACUGGCCUCCUUUUCCUUCGUUCUGCCCCAUCAAACCAUGCUUCUACCAGGACUUUGCAGCAGAGAUCCCAUCAGGCUUUCAGAGGACAGUAAAAAUGCUGUACUACUUGUGGAUGUUCCAUGCAGUCACACUGUUCUUGAACCUCCUUGCUUGCCUGGCUGAAUUUAUUGUUGACGCAAAGUUUGGAGUUGACUUUGGCUUAGCAAUCUUAUGGUUUUUGCUCUUCACCCCUUGUGCCUUCCUGUGUUGGUAUCGGCCAAUAUACAAGGCUUUCAGGUCCGACAGCUCAUUCAACUUCUUUUUCUUCUUCUUUGUGUUCUUCUGUCAAAUUGUUCUUUAUGUCAUUCAGGCAGUCGGCAUUCCCAAUUGGGGGGUCAGUGGUUGGAUUGCAGCACUUAGUUGGACAAAAACAAAUCUUGCUGUGGCAGUGGUCAUGAUGGUAGUAGCAGUAUUCUUCACCGUGUGUGCAGUUUUGUCUUUGUUGCUGGUACAAAGGGUACACUCAAUAUUCCGCAGCACAGGAGCCAGUUUUCAGAGAGCACAAGAAGAAUUUUCCCAUGGGGUCUUCUCCAAUACCACAGUGCGCAGUGCUGCAGCUAGUGCUGCAUCAGCUGCUGCACAAAGCACCUUCCAAGGAAACUAAUUACUGGAGAUUACUGUUUUCAAAAGUUAUCCUCUUUGUACGUUCUUUAUAAAGAUGCACUUUCAUUGGACAAAAUGUGUAUUUUGUGUCUACCUAUUAAGGGGGAAGGAUAUAUUAGGCUUUAAUCAAAGGGUUUCAAACAAACUGUUGGUAUCACUGCAUUUUCUACUGUAGAAAACCAGCUGCUCAACAGUUUGUAUUUUGUUUAUGAAGAAUUAUUGGUCAGUGUGUUGGUUCAUUGGGGAGGUACGUUUACAGAAGAGAGUAAAACAUCAAGCUAACUUUUUGAAGUUUCAUAUUUUAAUAAGUUUCUUCAGUAAUAAGCACAAUGGAUUUUACUAGCACCUGAAGUAUUGUUCAACACUAUGACAUUGUGUAUGCCAGCGCUGGUCAUCUGUUCUGUGGCACUGCAUCUGUCUAGUUGAUUUUUUUUGUAUGAUGGGCUGGUUCUUGCUGCUUUUUAAGUGGAAUCACAUUUGGAAGAAGGUGCAUCAUAGAAGUCUGGCAGCAUCAUGACAAUACUGCAAAUUCAUGGGUGAAAGUUUUGAGCUUACAGCUUGAGCUCAACUAGUCAAUUUUCUUAAUCAUAAAUUCUUAAAUGUUUAGAUUGGGUAUUUAAAUGUAGAAUCUUAUGGAAACUUUCAGCAUAUCAUCAGCAUUUAUGAAGGGAUACGUAGUGCUUUAGGCAGAAUAGACGACAUUCAUGGUUGCAGUUUUUUGCUCCAUCCUUCCAUCCCAUUCAUUAUAUACCUUUUAUCAAAUGUUGUUCACUUCAAAUUUUGUUUCUGACCAAGUGUCCACAGACCUGAUGUAUCUUCCUAUUAAGUGAAAUAUUCAAUUCCAUGAUUAACAUCUAUUUCAUGGGUGCUGGUUGAUCUGUUUCCAGUAUUCUCCUGCUCUUUGAUUUUUUUCUUACAUUUGCAUUGUGUUUUUUAAAAAAAAAUGGCUAUAUAAAGCUAUUUCAGGCGGUAGUAGUAUUCCUUUACCAAAACAGUUACUUUCAUGUAUGCUUUGGAGCAUUUAAUGCUCUUUUGUAAGAACUAUCUCAACCCACCUCCAUCUUUUUCAAUUAUAUCCAAAGUAUUUGGGGGAGGUAAGAGAGGAGCCAGUGUUGACUGUAGGUUUCCUGAAGAGUGAGUUGAUCAGAUUUAAUCACUCUUAAUCAUGUGGAUUGUUAACACCGUGGCAAAUAUUGUGGAUGCUUGAAAUCUGGAAUAAGGGCAGAAAUGUGUUAAAACUAUUUGAAGUUGAGCAACACCAGUGGAGUGAGACACAGAUAAUAUUUCAGGCUGAGGAUGCUGUUAACUAAUUUUUCUUAAUUCAUUUGUAGGAAACAAAUUAAAUGGUUUAACCUUUUUAGUCAUUGGGAUCUCUUAAAUUUUUUGUAAUCUUUUUGUCUCUUGAAACUGAGACUGCUACUACUGGAUUGUUUGUUUUUUUUCUUGUUUCGGACUACUGUUGUGAAGCAGGCUUUCUGUUGUUUUUUUUUUUAAAAACCUGUUUAUAACACAGCUUCCACACUGGGAUUCCGAUGGUAAAAUUAUUUUUGGGUUAUACUUGCCAAAAAUGGACUGUACAGAAACCUUACUUCAGUAAUUUUGCCCUUUUUCGUGUCACUCUGUCAAUUUUAAAACAAAGCCAUAUGUCAUUCUUGCAUAGGUGAGAUUUCCUAUGGAAUUGUUAAAAUAUCGCCUUUAUUGAACUGCCUCUGUCCUCUUUCUUGCCCUUCUCCAAGAUGACUGGAUAAACCAUGCCCAUAGGAAAUCAAGAGUAAGUGAUUGUUGGUUGAGGCUAGGAUUUAUUUUCCCAUUUGAUGUCUGCAGCAACAGUGCUGGAGAGCAUCUUCCAUGUCGUCUUAACAAGUACACUCUCAAUUAGUUUUUCCUCAGGCCUCACUCAUUGGUAAUUGGCCUGUUAGGUCCCCGAGCUUAGAGUGGAACCAUUUUUGUGCUAUUGGCAUAAUUGCCACUGAAGUGUUAAAACACGAGACUGUAACUGCAAAAUUGAAUUAUUGAAAAUCUUUCCUUUUCCCUUCAGUUUAGUUUGGCAUGUAACAAGUGCUGGACUACCAACAAAUUAUGGGAGCUUGAGCUUAGCGCAAAACUAGACAGAAUGACCAGAAUUUCAGUCUUAGCUUCAGAGCUUUUGGUUUACAGGACUUAAUUUUGAGUUUUAUUUUUGAAUCAUCAAAAUGAGCUGAUGUAAUUUUUUUUGAUUUCACAAAUGUAAAUGGGAUGGUCAUUCGCUUGAACAAGCUUUCCAAUGGAAUGAAUGAUGUUAGCUUUUCAUUGUUUUAAAAAAGAAUAAUUCCAUGCAAAUGCCCUUUUAAAACAUAUUUGUGCUCAAAUAAAGGUAUUUAACUCGA